GGGGACGCGGCUCGAAAACCCCCGCACCACACCGGCGGACGCCGCGGGCAUGGACUAUUCGUAUGACGAGGACCUGGACGAGCUGUGUCCGGUGUGUGGUGACAAGGUGUCGGGCUAUCACUACGGGCUGCUCACGUGUGAGAGCUGCAAGGGCUUCUUCAAGCGCACAGUCCAGAACAACAAGCAUUACACGUGCACCGAGAGUCAGAGCUGCAAAAUCGACAAGACGCAGCGUAAGCGCUGUCCCUUCUGCCGCUUCCAGAAGUGUCUGACGGUGGGCAUGCGCCUGGAAGCUGUGCGUGCUGAUCGAAUGAGGGGCGGUCGGAACAAGUUUGGGCCCAUGUACAAGAGGGACAGAGCCUUGAAGCAGCAGAAGAAAGCACAGAUUCGGGCCAAUGGCUUCAAGCUGGAGACUGGACCCCCAAUGGGGGUGCCCCCGCCACCCCCUCCCCCUCCGGACUACAUGCUACCCCCUGGCCUGCAUGCCCCUGAGCCCAAGGCCUUGGUCUCUGGCCCACCCACUGGGCCACUGAGUGAUUUUGGAGCCCCAGCUCUGCCCAUGGCUGUGCCUGGUACCCAUGGGCCUCUGGCUGGCUACCUCUAUCCUGCCUUCUCUAACCGCACAAUCAAAUCUGAGUAUCCAGAGCCCUAUGCCAGCCCCCCUCAGCAGCCAGGGCCACCCUACAGCUAUCCAGAGCCCUUCUCAGGAGGGCCCAACGUACCUGAGCUCAUACUGCAGCUGCUGCAGCUAGAGCCAGAGGAGGAUCAGGUGCGUGCCCGCAUAGUGGGCUGCCUGCAGGAGCCAAGCAAAAGUCGCUCUGACCAGCCAGCACACUUCAGCCUCCUCUGCAAGAUGGCUGACCAGACCUUCAUCUCCAUUGUCGACUGGGCACGAAGGUGCAUGGUGUUCAAGGAGCUGGAGGUGGCUGACCAGAUGACACUGCUGCAGAACUGCUGGAGUGAGCUGCUGGUGUUGGACCACAUCUACCGCCAGGUCCAGUACGGCAAGGAGGACAGCAUCCUGCUGGUCACUGGGCAGGAGGUGGAGCUGAGCACAGUGGCGGUGCAGGCUGGCUCCCUGCUUCACAGCCUGGUGCUGCGGGCACAGGAACUAGUGCUACAGCUGCAUGCGCUGCAGUUGGACCGCCAGGAGUUCGUCUGUCUCAAGUUCCUCAUCCUCUUCAGCCUCGAUGUGAAAUUCCUGAACAACCACAGCCUGGUGAAGGAUGCCCAGGAGAAAGCCAACGCCGCCCUGCUGGAUUACACCUUGUGUCACUACCCGCACUGCGGGGACAAAUUCCAGCAGUUACUACUGUGCCUGGUGGAGGUGAGGGCACUGAGCAUGCAGGCCAAGGAGUACCUGUACCACAAGCAUUUGGGCAAUGAGAUGCCCCGCAACAACCUUCUCAUUGAGAUGCUGCAGGCCAAGCAGACUUGAGCCUGGGCACCUGGUGGCAGGCACUAGGUAGGGAUACCACUGCCUCCAAAUGACUCAUUGCAUUAGAUGAUCCGGGAGCCCUGCCCCUAGGCCCCUGCCCUUGAGCUCCAGAGCUGCGUGUUUGGGAUGGCGGGCAAAGAUGGGCAGGGUCUGCCUGGGGCAGGUUGCCCUCACCAGCCACUGGCACGUAUCUGCCACUUAGAGUGCCCCAAAGAGGUGGCUUCUAACCACUCCUUCUUCUACCCGCCCCCAGCUUCUUUCCUGGAAUCUGAGGUCCAGGUCCAGGGAGGAGGUUUGGGAUUCCCUGGUGGACCUUGAUGUCCCUUGGGUCAGAGGUCAUCUUUUCCCUCUCUCCU